AUGUCGUGGCUUUUCGGUUCAUCCAGCGGCUCUGCUGAAAAGACUCCCGUGCCCGUCGCGACGCAAGCACCAGCUGCAGAGAAGCCUAAGCCGUGUUGCGUAUGCAAAGACGAAAAGACAACUCGAGAUGAUUGCAUGCUUUUCUCCAAAUCCGAUGAACCGACGCAAGAAUGCAAGUCAGUGAUAGAGCAGUACAAGGCCUGCAUGGCCGGGUACGGAUUCAAGGUCUAA